CAAAAAAAUUAAAUAUAACUUUUUUGUAGACCGCUGGCACCGCGUAACUUAUCACGAAGGCGGUGCUCUCUGCCUUGCUAGUACGCCUUUCUCCUUGGAGCAUCGCGGAGCUUUUGCCGUUACUGGCAGUAAAACCUAUGUGCGGAUCAAAGCUCUGCACUACACAGAAGAUAAUUUGGUAGGAUUGCAUGAUCUCGGACAGUCGCGCGUGACUGAUGAUAAUGGUAAAGAUGUAGAGGUGCUGAAUGUGAGCCUUGAUCCAACCAUGGAAUGUCGUCCACUUCCAUGUAAACUUCGCUAUUCGGUCGGAUAUGCGGACAAAGCUAUCAGAACAUAUGUUGCCUUACUGACGGGUCAGCAUGAAUUUACUGUAGCCGAAAAAUUUAUUGCUCAAAUAGAGCCACUUCACUGCGUCGCACUGAUGAUAUGCUUCCAUGGGAGGCCCAUGGGUUGCUAUGCAGCAAGCGGCAAAACAUUGCAGGUUUGGAAUGACCUCGACAGACAUCAGCAAAAAAAGAUGAAAAGUGAAAGGAUGGAAUUACGCAAGAUGGAAGUGACUAUAUCGUCAAUGGCAAGAGUAGAAGGAAGAUCCUGCUACCUCAUACUUGGAUAUAAAGACAGUCGAGUACAGAUUUUUGAAGAAAGGGGAAAAGGAACUGGCAAGCUAGACUCGGUCGGAUGGAUAGACGAUUGCCAUCCGAACUGCGACAUACGUCCUGUUACGGGUUGGUUGAGUAUGGUCUUGAUGUAA